GGUGAGCCUUGUAGCACCAGUGGCGGGUCGGAGGCGGAAACCCAAAAGAGCGCGGGCUUGAAUUCAGGAAGGUGUCGGAGGCACACCUAAGCUCUAGACUCCGGGCCCUGUCCCCCGAGCUCAGCCCUCUGAUGUCCCACCGCUCAGAGCCUGCAUGCGCCGCAGGGCGCCCCAAGACCAAGAGCUGGUAGGUCCAGGAGCUCCUGGGCGGGGGUCCCGGGGUGCUCUUCCUCCCUCGGGGCCUGUUGUCCCGGUCCUCGUCUUUCCCCCGGAUCUAGUAUUCAGGGCGGACCAACGGAGCGGACCCAGGCAGCUGCUGACUCUCUAUAACCCCACGGGAGCUGCGCUUCGCUUCCGAGUCUUGUGCACAGCUCCUGCCAAAUACACAGUGUUUGACGCAGAAGGAUACGUGAAGCCUCAGUCCUGCAUUGACAUUGUGAUUCGCCACGUGGCCCCCAUUGCCAGCCACUAUGAUGUCCAGGACCGCUUCCGAAUUGAGCUGUCUGAGGAGGGAGCUGAGGGCCGAGUGGUGGGGCGCAAGGACAUCACCUCGGUUCUGAGGGCCCCAGCCUACCCCCUUGAACUUCAGGGACAGCCUGACCCAAUGCCCCACCCAGGGCCUCCUUCCUGGACAGAACCACCCAUGGCCAGACACCUCCCUGAGAAAUCCCACCCACAACUGGCCACCAGCUCCUUCCUCCUCUUCUUGCUCACGGGCAUAGUCUCUGUGGCCUUCCUGCUGCUCCCGCUCCAGGAUGAACUCGGCAGCCAGUUGCCCCAAAUCCUGCACGUCUCCCUGGGACAAAAAUUGGUGGCAGCCUACAUCUUGGGCCUUCUCACCAUGGUCUUCCUCCGGACCUGAGUCCCUGCUCAACCUCUACCCUUCUCCCCAGGCAGGACGCGGACGAGAGACAGCCACUGUGAUGCGCAUACCUUGCCUCAACUCCUACUCCCUUAUUAAUGCCACUCCCUUCACCCCCGACAAAAAAUACCCAGGGAUUUGUAUUCAUUUUUCAAGUUGAAUAAAAUAAAUUUGCAAAAUUAAACUGAGAAAUGUAGAGAACAUGCCCUUUCUCUGUACUGCUUUUCCUCCAGUUCCUCCUAUUCCCAUUCCCUGGGUUCCUCAGGGAACCCAGGCACCUGGGCCAGGAUUUAAAGCACCUGGGUUCUUGUUCUGGAGCCACACCAAAAAGAACUGUCACCUUGAGCGAGUCUUCUGACUUCUCCGAGCAUCAGUUUCUACCCACUAAGUGAAGGAAUUGGAAAAGUUAGUUCUUUACCCCCUCAUUGCCCCCUACCCCUGCCUCUUUGGCAACAUCAGCUUGUUCUCUAUCUAAUGGGCCUGCUUCUGUUUUGCUUUGUUUAUUCAUUUGUUUUGAUUGGUAGAUUCCAUAUAUAUGUGAAAUACAGUAUUUGUCCUUGUCUUUGA